UUGGAAUAUUAUUCGAACGUGUCGAGGUGUUGAUGAAAGGACCAAUGAAAAACCAAGCGUAACCACGGACGUGUAACCGAAAUAAGAAGUGAGCUGGUCACGUAGUCGGCGGUAGGUGAACAUCGUCGGUGACGCAUUUCGAGGAAUUGCUUGUCUUGUCGUCUGGUGUGCAUGUGCGUACCGUCGCGACUUGUUUACUAGAAUCAGUGGUGACUGGAAAUAACGGAGUUUGUCGCGUUUUCGAAAGUGGAUCGAGACGAACCGUAUUCGAGACGACGGAUUAUUUCAACAGGGAGGAUCGGAUGCGAUGACCAAGUUUGAGACUCGCACCUGACGGAUUCCGUUUCAUCCCUUACAGGAGCAACUAGAGGAAACUCGACAAGACGGAGGACACGCAAAAAGAACAUGUUGGUGGUCUACUUUGAUGUGCUGCGGAAAACUUCGGGCUGAGACUCGAGUCGCGCAGAUCCUAAAAGGACACUUAAUUCCCAACGAAGACGAAAGCGCCAAAGAGAGCGAAGGGAAAUCCCACGGAUUAUUUCUCAUGUCUGGCACGUCUAACGGCACGGGAUGAACAUUUAGAAAGCUUUAUGAAUCGCGCUCAAGGCCGACGAAGGAAGAAAUAGCUGCGUCGGCUUCGCCAAGAACAGGCCACCGUUGCGGAUCGGUAAAAUUCUGUUGGAAACAGAACGGUUUUCAGCGUCGUCCGUGUUUUGUCAUUCACGAGAUGUUUUGAGUGGAAUUGAACUUGCGCCCCGAUAGAGAACGGCAGUACCGAAUAAGAGUUGAGAAGCCAGAGUGGCGACGGGGAAGUACGGUGGCAUCGUUUUGCAUAACGAGGUUACCAAGUGAUUCGUCGGCGACGCCUUGGAUUGCCUACGGAAUAAGGAAGCCGUUUCUGCCCCCCGAUUGGAAAUACUUUUCCAUCCCUUCCGGUGAUGGGCACGCCUAAGCGCUACUCGCGACGAUCUCGAGGCUGAUCUUCGGCUGUGGCUAAAGUCGCCUUCCACGGUUAUGCUGGUGGCGUCGCUUCGGGUGGCCGCCAGCAAAUGCUGUCAUGCUGUUGCCAUGCCAGCCGGCGGCCAGGAAGAGGCCGCUGGCCACAAGGUCCUUGAGCAGAUCAACGACGGAUUGCCUCGUCCUCAUAGCUCUCUUCGUCCUGAUCGGUUGCGAAGGAUCGCGUGGAGGCUCGCAGAUCCGUUACGCUUCGCGCAACGUGGAGACUAAGAGUGGUCAGAUACGAGGGAUUCUUCAGGAGUUGAACAAUAGACAAUUGGAACCGGUCGAAGUGUUUCGUGGCAUACCGUACGCUGCACCACCCGUAGGGGAUUUACGAUUUCGACCACCGAUCUCGCCGAUACCUUGGAACGGUAUCAAAAUAGCUGAAUCCUUCGGCGCUGUUUGCCCCCAGCACUUUCCGGACGUUACCAAUAACGUGACUGCUCUGUUGCAAAUGACCGAGGACAGGUAUAAACAACUGAAACGACUGCAGAUGCUGCUGACAAAUCAGAGCGAGGACUGCCUCUUUCUCAACAUGUACGUACCUGGAAGCGGAUCUCGCGGUCCCGAAGCUCCCUACGCUGUAAUGGUCUACGUUCACGGUGAAAGCUUCGAAUGGGGAACAGGAAACAUCUACGACGGUACCGUCUUAGCCAGUGCUGGCCACGUUAUAGUGAUCACGCUCAACUAUCGCCUAGGAAUCUUGGGUUUCCUGAGAACCCAUCCGUACCCGGACAGGACGCCAGGAUCCGGCGGAAAUUUGGCCUUAAAGGACAUCGCCAUGGGAUUGCGUUGGGUACGCGAAAACAUCGCCGCUUUCGGUGGUGAUCCAACCAAGAUCACGUUAAUGGGCCACGAUACUGGCGCAGCCUUGGUGAAUUUUCUGCUCCUAACCCCUUAUGGCAAAGGUCUAUUUCAUCGCGUGGUGUUGUCGAGUGGUUCUGCGUUAAGUCCGUGGGCCUCCGUCCACGAUCCGAAUGAUCUUCGCUCGAAGGUGGCGGAACAAACAGGAUGUUCCACAGAAAACGACGAAGAUAUCGCUGACUGUCUACGCGGUGUUCCUCUCGAGGAGCUGAUGGCGGUUAAACUUCCGGAAAUCCGGUUCGUGCCUCGAAUAGGACCCGGCUUACCAGUGGACCAAAAUAAUCCAGAUCCGGGUCUGGAUAUGGAGAGGGCGAGCGACACGUUCAUCAAAGUGCCCCUGAUCCUGGGUGUCUCCACCACGGAGUCUAAUCUCGACUUCAACGCGAACGAUAUCAAGGUUGGCCUCGAGGAGGACCAUAGAAACCGCGUUUUGAGAACGUUCAUCAGGAACGCGUACGUUUACCACUUGAACGAGAUCUUCUCUGCCGUGAGGAACGAGUACACGGACUGGGAUAGGUCCAUCAUUCAUCCUAUCAAUAUAAGGGACUCGACGAUGGAGGCCCUGAGCGACGGCCAUACCGUGGCUCCGCUUAUGAGAAUCGCUUUCUAUCACGCCAGGAGAGGAGCCAAGACCUACUUCUAUCAUUUCAGCCAUCAGACUAAGGAGAGCGGUUAUCCGCAGCGUCUGGGCAGCGUUCGCGGCGAAGAUAUACCCUACAUUUUCGGGCUGCCAUUGGUGGACGGCGGACAUUUCUUUCCACGGAAUUACACUCAAAAGGAUCAAAGUGUCGCCGAAGCAGUCCUCACGUUCUUCACGAAUUUCGCCAAGACCGGCAAUCCAAACGAGCCCCACAAAAUAGAGUCUGUGGAUUAUGGCAUGCCCAAGGAGAAAACGCAGUAUCACGGUCUCACGUGGGAACAAUACGAAACUAGUACUCAGAAGUACCUCACCAUUGCAAUGAAGCCAAAGAUGAAGAACCAUUAUCGCGGUCAUAAGAUGGCAGUUUGGCUCAACUUGAUACCGCAACUCCAUCGGCCAGGCGACGACGACGUCUCGAUGCGACACCAUCACUUCCGCGAAAGGGGCGACCACUUCUAUGCAGGGCCUGUUCGAGACGAGUGGUACACGCCUCUGCCCCUAGUGGGGACGACAAAAACGAGCGCGUCGUCGACAACAGCGUGCAGCACAUCUACCAACGAUGACGCUGUCGCUGAGGACAUCACUCCCAUUCUGGACGACUCGGAUGAUGACGCCGAAUUGUUGCAAAGACUAGCCUCUCGACGUUAUUACAGCACUACUACAGCCCUGGCCAUCACCGUGGGUGUGGGUUGCAUCCUCCUGGUGCUCAAUAUGUUGAUAUUCGCUGGUAUUUACUAUCAAAGAGACCGCGACAAGAAAAGAGCAGCCAUGGACUGCACACCCAACGGACAAGAAUCGCUCCCAAUGACAACCAGGUCUUCCAUAAAAGCACCAGAAAACCCGAGACCAUCCCAGGAACCACCACCGUCUUACACAACCCUCGCGAGGAGUCCCUCUAUCCAAGAGCAUCAGCAAAUGCCUCAAUGUCAACCGCUGGACGAGGACGAGCAGCCUAGAAACGAAUUAAAACCUGGCCACGGGACCAGCAAUACCAUCCACAAGGAUCCGAUACCUCCGAAGCCACCUACGAGAACAACCAGUUCGCUCAGCACCAUUGCUGGUACCAAAACCAUCAAGAAACGUGUGCAGAUACAGGAGAUAUCUGUAUAGCAUUAGGGGUUGCCCCAAGAGGGCAACGCGAAAGCUAAAAAAGUGACUUUUGUGGACUUUGAAGGAGCAGCUACCGAAUCCAAGUUCUAAGAAAGUGACUAGCGAGAGCGAGGAUCCUUGUUUGGAAUACGACGUCUCG